AUGUCAAUUCCAGGCCUGGGCCAGAUUCCCACACAGCCCACCGCCUCGAGCACCCGCGUCAUCACCCUCCGACCAGCCUGCGAAUGGCGCUUCCAAGUCUCCUCCCCCGUAAUCGUCAAGCUUCUCUCCGGCACAGCAGAGAAAGACGGUGUCGAACUAGGCCCGAAGAACGCUUAUACUUUUGCGGGCGUCAAGUCGAAGAUUCUAACGUGGCACGGAUGCGAGCUUGAGGUCGAUGGCCGAUGCGAUGUCGACUCCGUGGCGGAAUAUGCAAAUCCGACUGAUAACCUGGCAAAUGUGUACGUGAAUCUUCAUGGACAGCUUAAUGAUAUGCGACAAAAGGCGGCGAGGGAGGGCAGAGAGGGACCGAGGGUGUUGAUCGUUGGACCAGCGGAUGUGGGAAAGACAACGGUUGCGAGGACGUUGACAAGCUAUGCGACGAGACAAGGCUACCAACCUCUAGUGGUGAACGCGAAUCCUAAAGAAGGAAUGCUGAGUUUGCCUGGAACACUGAGUGCGAGCGUUCUCGCGACUGUCAUGGACAUUGAGGCUGUGGACGGUUGGGGCAGCACGCCUACCAGCGGCCCAAGCAGUGUGCCCGUGAAGCUCCCUCUGGUAUUUUACUACGGACGAGCUUCAUCUGAUGAAGACCCUGAGUUUUACAGCGAACUCAUGAGUAAACUGGCUGGAAGCGUGAGUGCACGCUUAAGCGAGGAUGAGGACGUCAAGAGCUCAGGUGUCAUCAUUGAUGGAAUGGGUCUUCCUGAACAGAGCAAGGAUGGGUAUGAGCUCGUCGCACACAUCGUCGAUGAGUUCUCCGUCAAUGUGAUUGUUGUGAUUGGCUCAACAAGUAUCACCGCCGAGCUAUCUAAACGUUUCAGCAACGAGCGAACAAGUCUCGGGGAACCCAUUAGCAUUGUUCCCAUCGACAAGUCCGACGGCGUCGUUGUUCGAGAUGAAGCAUUCUUACAGCACGUAAGAGAAGCAGCUAUCAAGGAGUAUUUCUUCGGCGACUCCAAGCGCACUCUCAGCCCCCUGAUCCAGCAAGUCGAUUUCGACAGCGUGAUUGUGUAUCACAACUCCGACGAACAUUCUCCCAACCAGGGUGUCACCCGAGAAGACCCCUCAACGUCGAUGCAGCAAUGGACGUUUGCUAUUAUGCACGCAACACCCAAGGAGUCGCCCGAUACGGUCCGUGCUGCAAGUGUUAUGGGCUUCUUGUACGUGUCGGAUGUGGAUGAGGAGCGUCGCAAGAUCAAGUUGCUCUCGCCGGUGAGCGGACGGCUAGGCGACCAGCCGCUUGUGUGGGGAAAGUGGCCGGAGCCGUUUAUUAACCUCCUCGGAUGA